UAGUAUUAUCCGCAAUAUCAGAGCAUUUGCUUGUAUGGAUAUUCACAAAUAUGCAUUUUACUUUCCCACAACCGUUCCAUUUUUAUCGUUGAACGUCAACACACAUCCUAGUACAAAUUUUAGACCCAACAAAAUUUUUCGAGCACCCAAAUCAAACCAAAACAAAAGUUGUGUGGCAGGACUGACGAAGUUGAAAUGUAGCUAUUCCGUAUUGGUAGGCCUAGAUUAUUGGGCUUCCGCCCUAACAGUAUGGCAGAACAUGGUAGCGUAAUCGGUCUGUUCAACGACCUGUGCAAACUUCAUUUAAAACACAAACCGAGAGCUUAUUUAGUACAGCCAAAAUCAAGCAAGGAACACGACUAUAAUUCAUUUAGACGAAAGCUUUAUAACACACUCUUUGAUUCUCUGAAAGACUUGAAGGGAAAACAGAAGCUGCGUAAUCAGCCCGUGUGUAAGGAGGUGGAAACUGUUUUGUGCUAUGCAUUUAAUUUACGGUUACAAAGACGUUUUGACGACGCAAGUAGACUUGACCAAUUGUUAGAAAAAGUGCUAAAAAUAAAUAAAGAUUCCCCAAAUUGUGAGAUUCUUUCAGUUCUAACAUUUAUCACAAAUUUAACUGACAGUAGACGAGAUAGAAAGAGUUCUGAUGCCUCUGUUAUAGGUUACAGUCGGAAGAAAGUGCCAAUUGUUUAUGCAGAUUGUGAAAACAAAGUUAGUUUGCCCGACGGUCCACGGUAUUAUGGGGACAGCCAGAUGCCACAGCAUGAUAGUCAGUGGUACAUGCAUUAUCCUUGUCAUAUCUUUGAAACUAAAGGCAUCAUUUUAAAAAGUACCGAAGAAGAAAAGAAAAAUAUAUUUGAGUUAACACCUGGAUCGAGUUUAUCUGGGAAUGGCUUGUUCAAUGUGAAGGGCUGUAUGAAUGAUGAAUACGAAAGGACCAACACCCAAACAUUAUUCGGUGCUUUAGUUCAAUCUCAGACUACCUCUUUAGAUGUUAAGCUAGAAAUUCCAGACUUCACAGAGGAUGGAUAUAUUCCAGAAAUCAAAAUACCCAAAACAAUUUCUUCCAGCCAGUUGUCAGAGGAUGAAGGCUUUGUGGAGACAAAGUCAGAAAUUUCUUCUUCCACAACGUCCCUCGGGGGUUCAUUUUAUGAAGAUGACAAUAUUUGGGAAAAGGCCCUGCACCACACCUUGAACAAACACUAUACAUGGGAACGGGUAGGCCUUGAAGCAGGAGCAACCGAACAGCCCUAUUUAACAGAAGCUGGACCAGAAACAUGCGAUAAAUUAUGGCUGUACAAAACUCAGCAAAUUAGCUUGCUCUUCAAAGAACCGACAGGGUUUCAUAGAAAAGAAAUAAGUCAACAAGAGAUGGCCAAAGAUGUCUUAAACCUCAUGAUUGGUGUUCAAUCUACUACAUUUAUAGCUGACGAAAAUAACAAUAGUUUCCACUUUAAGCCUGGCGUAUAUGUGAGUGGUUUUACAUCAGAGGCACUGGAAAGUUUUUUGUCAGAGUUUAUUGACUGUGGGACAACUUACAAGCAAUUAGAAUCCUUCUCAAAACCACUAACGAUCGACUCUUUCUAUGAAGCUGGUCUAGUCUUCCAAGCAUUUACUACUGCAAUUAGGAAAGUUCUCCAGUAUUACCGCGGCAUAGUGCUGAAUAUGUCACAAGACUCCACCCUUAUGGAAAUCAAGUAUAUGUGUCAUAAAAUUCUUAAUCAGCAGGAUUAUCUUUUAAAACUUUGCCAAUAUAGAGCUUACAGUUCUGACAACGCAAAAUUCCCAAAGGGUAUUGAACUUAUUAGUUAUUUGUACCAAGAAACACUGGAAGUCAACUGCACAGAUACUUAUCCUGUGAUGCUCUCAAUUUUGCAAACGACGUGUGCACCCUUCACCAUCUUCCUUCAAAAUUGGGUGUUUCAUGGAAUAUUUCAGGAUUUAUAUGGAGAAUUCACUAUUCAGGUUAACCACCAGCUUUUAGAGUCUAGAGAUCGCCAGUACUGGACAAGCAGCUACACCAUGACUUCCAAGAAUAUCGAAGAUUGUGUUCCAAUAUUUCUUAGCAGUAUGGCCAGCGAUAUUAUCAACUGUGGUAAAACCCUGAACCUUUUAAAAUUGUGUUACCCUGACCAUUUUAUGUGUAACAUAAGCGAUCAAGAGUUGCCCAGAGUCACGAUCACCUUCUCCGAGGAUGAAUUGAGAGCUAUCCAUAUAUCAAGUGAGAUGUACAUAAGUCGUAUGAAACAGAUUGCCAGACAAGUUACGUUGUCGCGGAAAGAAAAUCAGAGGCGAAUAGAACAGGCUAAGCAAGAUAUGAUAGGAAAAGCAAACACAUUAGCAACAAAAGAGAUGAUUCGAAUGCAAACUAUUAUCAUGGAUCAGAAGAAAGCAGAAGACACGAGGAAGAGACAAGAGUUUCAAAGACUCAAGGAUCAAAUGAAAGAGGAUUUACAACGCAGAGCAACAACAAUUGAAGACACUAAAGCCGAUGAUAAGCAAUAUAUGGAUGCAUUCACCAAACGAGAGGCCGCUAUGACAGAAGAGGAAAAGAUUUUAGAAGAACAAGCAAGACAAGAAGUUAUCGCGCAUUAUGCUGAACUCAGCGAAGAAGCUAGUAGAAGGGAACAGAAAGCUCUGUGGAAAGUUCGUAGAGCUAGACUAGAUCUUAAAAGAACACAGUUCUUGAUUGACGAUGUUGACUUUUGGGAGAAAGAAAUGGUUGACAAUGAAGAGGCACGCAGUAUUUUGAAGGACACAGGUGUUGAACUACCACAAUGGGCUAAGACUAGCACACAUUCGUCAAUCGAAUCAAUCGAACCAAGGUCAAAGUGGAACGACAGACCUAAGAUAGAAACUGUUUCAGAAGAACAUGUAGAACAUACUGAAGACGCUAAUGUUGAGAUCUUUAAAGAGGAGCAUGAAGAUGUGGAUGCGGGUGACAAAUUAAGCGACGUUUUAUUUAAUGGUAAUAUAACUGGAAUCGUAGAAGAAAGUUCAAGUCAAAGUGUACCGGACAACGAUUUUACUGUUGAUGGAAUCAGCUCUGAGAACAAUGUUACAUAUACCACUGAUGCAGAUACAAAGGAUAUUUGCAAGGAAAGCGAAUUGGAAAUCCCCAUUCCCUUAGACGAUAAGCUAGAUACACCGUCAGCAACAACACCUGUUAAAACAUCGGUUAAAUUGAACGAAUCGAUUUCUGCUACGUCAGAAUCCGAACCAAGCCCUGAAAAGUAUCAUGUUCAACUGUCUGAAACAGCUAGCGCUACCAAAGAAACAACCGAAUUUAAAGAAGCCAAUCCAGCAAUAAAGAUGGUUUCUGAUAAACACACUUCUUUGGAAACUGUGGAAGAGGAAACCCAGAAAGCCUCGGUAAAGAUGGUUGAUGAGAAACAUUCUAGCAAAGAGUCAAAAUCGGUUGAAGAAAAGUCACAGAUUAGAACAAACCCAAAUUUCCACCCUUCGAUCGAAACGGAUAUCAGUGACGAAAACCCUGUUAAGAAACUGAUGCCUGGUGCUCGUCAUGCUUCAGACGAAACUCAACAAAAGGAAUGGAAAGUAAAGCUAAAACACAAAUUUGGUCAUGCAUCUGAAAUGUCUAAAGAAUCCAGUAAAUUAAUUCCAAGAUUAAAGCAAACUCCCCGACAACAUUUUAGUUUUGAGUCUAACUUUAAAGAUUAUGGAAUAAAACCGAAAAUAAGAAUAAGCAAAACCAUGUCUGUUAAUAAAAGGAGCGACGAGGUCGAUUCCGGUCCCAAGAUUCGAUCUAAUGUAAACCUAGAUUUUCAUCCUUCUAAACAGUCGACAUUUGUUGAUCGCGGUCUUCUACGUAGUGAAAUGUUCAAAGAGAGGAACGUUUAUGGACAUUCGUCCGAUUCGAGCGUCCAGAAGUUGCUUUAUGCAAACACAGAAAAAGGUAGAUCUGGAAGCGAUACAGGCAAUCCUCUGAAACAACUCUUGCCAGCCGAAGAUUGGCCAGUACUACCAGUGGAACCAUUUGAUACGGAAUUCGACUUCUUGAUGGAUUUCCCUAAAGUAGAUCUUAUGAGUUCCAUUCCGUUUGCGAGUUUAGGAUCGUUUGGUAAUUACGGAGUAAGCCAAAAGAACGACGUGGAGAAGUAUAAGUAUUUGUCUUUACCCUCUGUUCUAAAGCAGUCAAUGAUGACGCCAUUGAAAGCCCAAAUAUCUUUGGUCAAUAAGAGUGUGAUUAACUAUUUCUUCGUGGAGUUGAAGAUGGAGGACCAUUUUGAAGGAUUGAGGCGUUACUUGUUAAUGGAGGACGGCGAUUUCUCUCAGAUUCUUAGUGAUACACUAUUUGACAAAUUAGCCACGAAUCCAUUACCCCAGGAAAUGUUAAACCCGGUUUUUCUGAACGGUGUUUUAAAGAAGUCCCUUCAGUCGUCCAUGCAAUCAAAUGAUAAAAUUGCCGAAAAACUUAGUUUUGUACUUAAAUUCAUCCCAACAUCCUUUCAACUCACUUCCCAUGAUACGUUAGACUGCCUUGAGCUUCAAUAUAAAGUUGAUUGGCCGCUUAACAUUAUUUUAACUGAUGGCUGCAUGAGUAAAUAUGGGCUUGUGUUUUCCUUCAUGAUGCAGCUAAAGCGGAUUGUGUGGGUUCUAAAGGACGUGUGGUACAGAUUGAAAAGGGACUCUUUAGUAAAAAAAGCUGGUAAUUCUCCCCAGUUUAGACAUUUCCAGUUGUUCAGACAAGAAAUGCAACAUUUCGUGAAGGUCAUGCAAGGCUAUAUCGCUAAUCAAGUUAUUCAUGUUACCUGGCAGGAAUUUCAAGAUGCCUUGAACAAGGAUGUGGGCGACUUGGACGAUCUUUAUAAAGUUCAUGGACAAUAUCUGGAGAAGGCUAUAUUCAGGUGUCUGUUGAACAAGAAAGCUAAGCCAGUUAUGAAAAUAAUUCAGGACAUAUUCAGCCUUAUUCUUAAAUUCCGUAUCCAAUUAUUGAGUGGUUCCUGGAAGGCUAGUGACAAUUCCAGUGAUUCCAUUGUCCAUUCGAACUUCCAACAGGUAUCAGCAUCAUACAAAGCCUUCAGGCAGUAUUCAGUGUUUUUGUUUGAUGUUGUUAAUAAACUGGCUAUACGAGGCUAUCAACCACAUCUUCAAGAGUUACUCCUUAGACUGAAUUUCAACAAUUAUUACAAGGAUCAAUAACUAUACUUCCGGUAUCCCAUAAUCGUAAAAGGAAAUUUCAUUAAGUUAUGAAUUAACGGAACAUAGGUCUGACAAAAGCAAUCUGGUGAUGACGAUGACUACCAAGAACAUAUGCCUGGUUAUAUCAAUAUAGUGAUGAUGACUAGUGGAGGAGUGUUGGUUACCGAAUCUAUUAAAGUCUUCACCCUGUCCAAGAAUCAAAUUUCAUUAAACGUGAUAAAUUAAAAAUAAUGAAAUAGUUUUGUAAACAUGUCAACAAAUAUGUAUAUUAUUUAUUGAGUGAGAAAUAUCUAUAAAGUUCUAAUAUUU